CGAAAACGAGUUGUUUCGUCCUCUGUUGUGUGCGUUCGAAGGAAGCAAAAUUUUUGCGAACGGUAUAGCUUUCGUGAAAAAAGUGUUGAUAAAAGUGUAUUUUCCAUAUCAAAAAAGGUUUUGAUUAUCAACGUUGGAAGUGCUGAAGCGAAUGCUGCAUAAACGACUGUACAUUGUAUCGAGCAGAACAAGCAUUGAAUCGGAGGAUUAGAGUGGAACAAUAAUGGGGGACAUUACCUAUCCACCGGGAUGUCGGCCUAUAAACGAGGAUCUCGGGCCGGACGAACUGAUCCGGCGGUUGAAAACGUUAACCCAUACGCUGCAGGCAAUGGGACAGGAUGAGGGCAUGUAUACCCAGUACAUUCCACUUGCGGUACACCUAGCGGACGAUUACUUUCUUCAGCACGCGUCGAAGGAUGUUCAGCUUUUGAUUGCUUGCUGUAUUGCGGAUGUUCUUCGGGUUUAUGCACCGGAAGCUCCGUAUAAGGAUCAGGAGCAAAUAAAGGGGAUUUUUCUGUUCCUUAUAAAGCAACUAAAUGGUCUGAAGGAUCCCAAGGAUCCUGCUUUCAAGCGUUAUUUUUAUCUACUGGAAAAUCUGGCCUAUGUAAAAUCUUUCAAUAUGUGUUUCGAGCUAGAAGACUGCCAGGAAAUAUUCUGCACGCUGUUUAGUUUGAUGUUUAAAAUUGUCAAUGACGAACACAGCAGUAAGGUGAAAUCAUUUAUGCUCGACGUUCUCUGCCCGUUGAUUACCGAAUCGGAUUCUGUUUCGUACGAUCUACUGGAUUUAGUGUUCAUCAAUAUUGUAGAGCCGUUGCGGACACAAAAGAAAAACGCUUACCAUCUAGCCAAAGACUUGAUAGUGAAAACGAGUGACACGCUGGAAACUUACACGCAAGCCUUUUUCAAUCAGAUUCUCAUACUGGAUAAGUACGAAAAACAGUACCAGAUUAUGCCGAAAAUUUACGACGUUAUCUAUGAGCUAAAUGUGAUUAGUCCUAGCAUUCUGCUGUCCGUGCUUCCCCAGCUGGAAUGCAAAUUAAAAUCAGCACAGGAAAACGAACGAUUAAAGGCGGUUUCUCUGUUGGCCAGAAUGUUCUCCGAAAAAGACUCCAAUUUAGCCAAGCAGUAUGGCCCAUUGUGGCGUCAGUUCCUGGGUCGUUUCUAUGACAUCGCUGUUCCUAUUAGAAUCAAAUGUGUUCAAAGCACAAUGCACUUUCUGCUCAAUCACCCCAAUCUAAGGAAGGAUAUCAUUGACAUUUUGAAGGUACGCCAGCAUGAUUCGGAUGAAACGGUCCGCUACGAAGUGGUGAUGGCCAUUGUCGAGACUGCCAAGCGAGACUUUCAGAUCGUGUCCGAAUCGGAUGACCUGCUUGAGUUUGUGAAGGAACGCACAUUGGACAAGAAGUACAAAAUACGGAAGGAAGCGAUGAACGGUUUGGCCAUGAUAUACAAAAAAUAUCUCAGCGACAGUAAUGUCCCGGAAGCCACCAAAAAAGCGGUCAAUUGGAUCAAGGAUAAAAUUUUGCACGGAUACUAUAUGACGGGAAUCGAAGAUCGGUUGUUGGUGGAGCGGCUACUUAUUACCUGUUUGGUUCCAUAUCAACUUCCGGCGGAGGAGCGGAUGAAAAAACUUUACCAACUUCUGGGCACCAUCGAUGAAAAUGCUACCAAAGCAUUUAUAGAACUACAGAAAAACCAGCUUAAAGUGAGGCGAAGUGUAGCUGAGUGGAUUAAGCUGCAUCGCAUCAAGGAAAUCACGCCGAAUAUGCAGAAGGAUAUGAAUGCUAAAUGCGCAAACAUCGCUAAACAGCUUCCCGAUCCGGUGAAGGCACAGGAGUUUCUGCUUAAAUUUAGUGCUCAGAUGCGUAAGGAUCCAAAAUUAAUUUCCGAAAUGGAGACCAUUCUGAAGCGAGAUGUUACAUGCAAAGAAUGCGCCGAAACCAUGGCGGUUGUGCUGAAAAAACUUGGUCAACCUAUAAUGACCAAUACGUACUAUAACACGGUGAAGAUGUUGCUGGAACGGAUCGCAUCUGUUAUGGUGGACAAGCAUUCGAUUGGAAUUCUCAUCGAACUCAUUCAGGAAUGUAUGAAUGGUUCUGAAGUGAUUGAUGAAGUUAGUCUGCCUUCGGAGUCUGCAGGCGAACGCGGUCUCAAGCUGCUUACAGUGUUGGCGUAUGUCUUUUCCGCUCACUUCCAGCAUAAGGAAAUCCUGCGGCAUAUGAUUGGCUUGCUGAACUUUGACGAGGAAUACGUAGCACCGUAUGUCCUGAAAGCUUACACUUAUCUAGGUCGUUAUAAGCCACUUGUCGAGUCUCAUAUGGACAUCGCAAAGGAACUUGCACCUAUUUGCAAAGAGUUUGCAGUGGCUGGCUCACCAAAACAGGCAAAACAUGCCAUCCGGUGCAUGUAUGUUAACACUCAAACCAGCGAUCCGAACAUUGACCCCAGCAUAGACAUUUUCCCUGAAAUUGUGGAAUCCUUCAAACUCACGCUAAAUCCGGAAAAUGAGCACUACCGAACGGCCAUUGUGAGUCUUGGCCAUAUCGCGUACAACCUUCCGGAGAGAUUUCACGUGCAAAUUAAAAACAUAAUCUCACGAAAAAUCGUCAAAGAACUACUUGUGAAGGAAACUGUCGAAGGUCGCGUGGAUGUCCCGAGUACGGAAUGGUGCGAUGAGGAUGAUCUCCCGGAGGAAACCCGCUGCAAGGUGGAGGGUCUGAAAACGAUGGCUCGCUGGUUACUGGGGCUGAAGAAGGACGUCGUGUCCGCGCAGAAAACUUUCCGCAUGUUGAACGCAUUCAUCAGCAAGAAAGGUGAUUUGCUGGAGCAGGGAACCCUGUCGGCGGCAGAGAAAUCCUAUCUGCGACUAUCGGCCGGUAAGGCGAUGCUGAAAAUUUGCGAACAAAAAGGCGUCGGCGAUCAGUUCAUCGUGGAACAGUUCUACAAUUUGUCACAGUUGAUGUGCGAUCCAGUAAUAGAGGUGCGUGAUACGUUCAUCAAGAAGCUACACAAAGGUCUGAACAAGGGAAUUCCUCACAAGUGUCUUCCGCUGGAUUUCAUGGGCUACUACGUACUCUGUGGUCGGGAAACGGACAGAAAAUUACAGCACCAGGUAAAAUCGAACAUCGAAACGGACGUAAAUCGGCGAAGGGAAUAUGUAAAAACGUUUGCGACAGUGGAGCGCGCCAUGAGCCAACUUCCGCAUAUUCUUCCCGACUAUAUGUUGGUGUUUGCCGUCCCAGUAUUGACACACGAUCCUCGCUUCACCCGUCAUACGGAUCCAGUGCAGCUGCGGCAGAUCGAACGCUGUCUCUGGUUGAUCCUGGAACCUCUGGUCACCAACAAAGAGUUCUUCUGCUUCGGUUUCUACAAGAACCUAAUCGAACGGAUGAAAAACCAUAAAGACGCUCUAAAACCGGACGAUGAUGAAAUUAAUUGCAAAUUGUGGGCCAUUUGCGACAUAGCACUGGGGUUGAUUCUUACCAAAGUAAACACCUUCGAUGCACGCGAUUUCCCGGUAGAUGCACGCAUUCCUUCGAUGUACUUCCAGGCUCAAUCGGAGAAUUUCCACAAUGCACGCCUGUACAUACCGGAAGAUAUGUACAACCUGACCGGAACAAGUUCAGGGAAAAAAAUGUUGGCGUUGAAUGAUCGUAAGAAAGCUUCUAGCUCAAAAGCCGCAUACAAUCACGAAGGCAACGGGGGCAGUGAAGAGAUUGGCAUCGAUUCCGGAGCGGACGAUGAUGAGCCACCAGCAAAGAAAAUGCACAGCAGUAGUAAUGAGGAUGACUAAUAGCAGCGGCACAGGCAAGGACGUGAACGCAACUGUUAGUUAAGGAAUUUUAGCGUUAGUGACUAUUAUAUGUAUAUCUAACAAUGACUAAGAAAAAGUUGAUCUUUUGCUAUAAAAGUAAGUGUAACAAUAUGUAAUUUCUAUUUUUUCCGCAUCAAUUGAAAGGUAACCGAUUUGAACAAAGAUUAUGAUUUUCGCUGAUGUUAAAUUAUUAUUUAUGAUUUGAGGUUUAUGGCGAUUAUGAAUGUGAAAUCUGCAUCCUACUUUUCAGAGAGUCCAAUUUAUCGCAAAGAAAUUACGUUUUGGCAGAUCGAAGUUGAAAAAAUGUUCACAAUAUUGACGAUGAUCGUGUUAGCGGAAAUGAAUCUGAAGCUUGCUGAAAGUAGCAAUCAACUUUUACGAAGAAAGAAAGGUUCAAUAAAUCCUAUAAAAUCAGUACAAUUAGUGUA